UUCCGGCUCACGCUGACGGAGAGCGCGGGAUCCGACGAGUGCGUCUUCCUCGCGGACCUCGCGACCGAGCUCCGAUCGGAGGGCGUCUCCCCGCCGUUCGCGAUCACCGCGGAUAACCUCGAGCGCGUGCUCUUCGCGCGCUUGUCCACGCCGCAGGACGCGUUCCCGGAGGGGGCGUGGAGGAGAGACCCGGAGGCGGCGCCGUUCGCGUGGCUCGUGCGAUCGUACCUCCGAUGCUUCCACGCGUCGCGCAAGUCCGCGAGCUCGAAGGACCUCCAAGAGAAGCAGGCCGCGCUCCUCGCGGCGGCGAACGAGCUCUGCGUGUCCUACUGCGGCCUCCUCCUCAACCCCGCGAUGGACGGGAUGUUCCCGCAACCAGAGGCGGCGGCCGCGCGGGGGCCGUCGCAGCUGUUCGACGAGAUGACCGGCGCGGAUGGCUUGCCGCCGGGAUUUCUCGACGCGUUCGCGAGGAGGUUCGAGAGCGAAGGCCUCCCGGAGAUGCUCGACCCGUCGCUGACGCAGCUCCCGAGCCUCAUCAACGGCGUGUCGCCGCUGGGCGAGGUGCACAAGCCGCUGACGCUGCUGUGCCAGCUGGCGGCGUGCAAACCCGUCGCGGCUCGGCUCGCGGCGCAUCCGAAGUGGAAGCCGACGACGACGACGACGACCAACGCCUUCCCCGGGAUGGCCGGGAUGGCCGCGUCGUCGUCGUCGUCGUCGUCGUCGUCCGCGAUCAACGGCCGCGCGUUCGAGGACGAGUCGCUGCUCGGGCCCUUCUUCGGGUGCAGCGCGCUGCCGGACCCGGCGCUGCUCCAGCGGCAGCCGUCAGUCGCGGAACAGUGCUUCAGCGGCCUCGAGAGCAGACGCGGCGCGGACGUCGAACAGUCGAUUCACACGCUGCGCGCGGUGACGAAACAAACACAGGAGGGGCUGUAUCAGACCCUGUACGCGAUGCUGAAACACGGCGGGGACGUGCGAGAGGGCGUCGUCGCGUGGCUCGCCGCCGCGUGCGACGCGAACGCGGGGCGGAGCAAGAUGCAAAUCGCGCCGCUCCUCUGCUCGUCGCACGGGUUCGCGCAUAACCUAUCGAUGACGACGCUUCGACUCGCGGCGCCGUUCACCGAGCCCGGGGCGAUGAAAUUCACGAAGAUCGACCCGAGCUACGUGCGGUCGAGAAAGUGCAGGCUCAACUUGACCGAGGUGACCAGGGUCAGCGCGACGGAGGAGCAGGCGCGUGCGGGCGCGUUGACCGAAGCCGAGGAGACGGCGACGGAGAGCUACGGGUUCAUCUGCGAGUGUUUCUUCCUCGCCGCGCGCGCGAUGCACUUGGGGUACGUCAAGUGCGUCAGCGAGCACACGUCGCUCGCGCGCGAGCUCCAGGACCGGCAGUCGCAGCUCGGGGACGUGGACGCGAUGCGCGCGCAGUGGGCGGCGUCGUUGCCGGGCGGCGCGCCGAACGCGUUUCAAUCCGCGCAGUUUGACAGGCACAUCGGCCAGCUCACGAACGAGCUCGCGCGGUGUAAGGAACGGUACGCGUGCUUCGAUAGCGUGCUGCAGGACCCGAGGGCGAUCGGCGAGGCGAUGGCGUUCUAUCGGCUCGUCGCGACGUGGUUGAUAUGGACGGGCGGCGGCGGCGGCGGCGGCGGCGGCGGCGGGUUACUUCCGACGCCGUGCCCGCCUCGGUUCGCGCUCCUCCCCGAACACAUCCUCGAGGACUGCGCGGACUUUUUGUUGUACCUGUGCCGCUUCUGCGCGCAGAGCGGCGGCCCGAACCGCGACGUGUUCAACCACGAGCGUCUGGACGAGCUCAUGUCGCUCUUCGUGUUGCUGUUGGGUUCUCCCGAGUACGUCAAGAAUCCGUACCUACGCGCGAAGUUCGUGGAGGUGCUGCGGCACUGGCUCCCCGGCGACCCGGCCGAGCCGCGCGGGCGCUGGAACCCCGCGAUGGCGAACUUGUUCGAGGGCCACCAGCUCGCGCUGAAGCACCUGAUCCCGUCGGUGUUGCGGCUCUACGUCGACAUCGAGUUCACCGGCGCCGCGAAUCAGUUUUACGACAAGUUCAACAUCCGGUACCAGAUCGGCGAGAUGUGCGAGUACCUCUGGAAGGUGGAGCCGCACCGCAUCGCGUGGAGCGAGCUCGCGAUUCGCGACCCCGAGUUCUACAUGCGGUUCCUGAACAUGCUCAUCAACGACGCGGUGUGGCUGUUGGACGAGAGCAUGCAGAAGCUUCCGGAGGUGAGAGAGUACGACCAAGAUUCGAGCGACGUCGACGCGUGGUCGCGGCGGCCCGCGACGGAGCGCGCGGAGCGCGAGCGCGCGAACGCGCAGACGACGCGCGGCCUGAAAAACGACCUCAUCCUCGCCAAGGUGCACGUCGGGAUGAUGGAAUACACGAGCCGGGACAUCGCGGCGCCGUUUUUGUUGCCGGAGAUGGUGGAGGCGCGUUCUAUACACUGGUCCCCAUACGACCGCCGCGUGGCCGCGAUGCUCAACUAUUUUCUGCUGUUCCUCGCGGGGCCCGAGCGCACCAAGCUGAAGGUCAAGGACCCGGAGAAGUACGGGUGGAAGCCCAAGGAGCUGCUCGGGAUGAUCACGCAGGUGUACGUGCACCUGUUCGAGGCGGACAAGGACGGCGCGUUCGUCGCCGCCGUCGUCGCGGACGGCCGGAGCUAUAGAGACGAGGUGCUCACGGAAGCCGCGUCGCUCUUGCGGCAGCUCGGUCUCAAACCCGCGCACGCCGUCGCGAGUUUCGAUCGACUCGCGGACGCGUGCCGGAUGUCCGCGGCGGCGAUGGAGGAGGAGGAGGCGGACCUGGGGGAGAUACCGGACGAGUUUUUGGACCCGGUGAUGUGCACGCUGAUGACGGAUCCGGUGAAGCUGCCGGGGGGCGCGUCGAUGGAUCGCGCGAACAUCAUGCGGCAUCUCCUGAGCGACCAGUCGGAUCCGUUCACGCGCGCGCCGUGCUCGAUCGAGGAUUUGGUGGACGACGUCGAGCUCAAGGGGAAGAUCGACGCGUGGGUGAGGGAGCGGAAGGGGAUGGCCGCGGUGGGGAGAGGAGGCGCGUGACGCGCGCGAGAGACGACGAGAGGAGCGCCUUCGUAGAUGAAGAGAAGACGACUGAUUUUUUGCGACGAUCGCGUUUGCGACG